CGCCAUUGUUUGAAUUUGAAAACCAAAACAUCGCGGUGCUGCACGCGGGUCGGGCGUCUGGGCGAUGUUGCAGAAGUUUUUCUUGCAGAAUGGAAUCUAAUUUGGAUCAAGAUGGACUCCCUAGACCAUCUUAUGUUUUUAGUGCUGACCCAAUUGCAAGACCUUCGGAAAUAAAUUUUGAUGGCAUUAAGCUUGAUCUCUCUCAUGAAUUUUCCUUAGUUGCUUCAAACACUGAGGCAAAUGUUUUGGAAUCUAAAGGUAAUCUUCAGGUUUGUCUUCGAAUAAGACCAUUCACACAAUCAGAAAAAGAACAUGAGUCUGAGGGCUGUGUGCAUGUUCUGGAUUCACAGACCAUCCUACUUAAAGAUCCUCAAAGCAUCCUUGGCCGGUUAAGUGAGAAAAGCUCUGGGCAGAUGGCACAGAAAUUCAGCUUUUCCAAGGUUUUUGGCCCUGAAACUUCACAGAAAGAAUUCUUUCAGGGUUGUAUCAUGCAGCCAGUAAAAGACCUUUUGAAAGGACAGAGUCGUCUGAUUUUUACUUAUGGGCUAACCAAUUCAGGAAAAACAUAUACAUUUCAAGGCACAGAAGAAAAUAUUGGCUUUUUGCCCCGAACUUUGAAUGUAUUAUUUGAUAGUCUUCAGGAAAGACUGUAUACCAAGAUGAACAUUAAACCACAUAGAUCCAGAGAAUACUUACGGUUAUCACCAGACCAAGAGAAGGAAGAAGCUGCUAGCAAAAAUGCAUUACUUAGACAAAUUAAAGAGGUUGCUAUGCAUAAUGACAGUUAUGAUACUUUCUAUGGAAACUUAACAAACUCUUUGAAUAUCCCAGAGUUUGAAGAAUCCAUGAAAGAUUGUGAACAAGCUAGUUUGAAUAUGGAUAAUAAUACAAAAUUUUCUGUGUGGGUUUCUUUUUUUGAAAUUUACAAUGAAUGUAUUUAUGACUUGUUUGUUCCUGUAUCCUCAAAGUUCCAAAAGAGAAAGAUGCUACGACUUUCUCAAGAUGUAAAGGGCUAUUCUUUUAUAAAAGAUCUACAGUGGAUUCAAGUAUCUGAUUCCAAAGAAGCAUAUAGACUUUUAAAACUGGGGAUAAAGCAUCAGAGUGUUGCCUUCACAAAACUGAACAAUUCUUCCAGUAGAAGUCACAGCAUAUUCACUAUUAGAAUAUUACAAAUCGAAGAUCCUGAAAUGUCUCGUGUUAUUCGAGUUAGUGAAUUGUCUCUAUGUGAUCUUGCUGGUUCAGAACGCAGCAUGAAGACACAGAAUGAAGGUGAAAGGUUAAGAGAGACUGGGAACAUAAAUACUUCUUUAUUGACUCUGGGAAAGUGUAUUAAUGUUUUGAAGAACAGUGAAAAAUCUAAGUUUCAACAGCAUGUGCCUUUCCGGGAAAGUAAACUGACCCACUAUUUUCAAAGUUUUUUUAAUGGUAAAGGGAAAAUAUGUAUGAUUGUCAAUAUCAGCCAGUGUUGUUUUGCCUAUGAUGAAACACUCAAUGUAUUGAAGUUCUCAGCCAUUGCACAAAAGGUUUGUGUUCCAGAUGUUUUGAAUUCUUCUCAAGAGAAAUCUUUUGGACCCAUCAAAUCUCAAGAUGAAUCAUUAGACAGAAAUUUGGAUAAUAAAGUAUCAAAUGUAAAAAGAACCACCAUUUCCUGGGACAAUAGUCUAGAAGAUCUAGUUGAAGAUGAAGACUUACUUGAGGAUCUAGAAAAAACUGAAGAAAAACAAAAUGUUGAAACUGAACUUAUUGAUGAAAAUCUAGAUAAAACAUUAGAGGAAGACAAGGCUCUCAGCCAUGAGGAGAAAAGAAAACUUUUGGAUUUAAUAGAAGACUUGAAAAAAAAACUAAUAAGUGAAAAAAAAGAAAAGCUAACAUUGGAAUUUAAAAUUCGAGAAGAAGUUACCCAGGAGUUUACUCAAUAUUGGGCUCAACGGGAAGCUGACUUUAAGGAAACACUCCUUCAGGAAAGAGAGAUAUUAGAAGAAAAUGCUGAAUGUCGUUUGGCUAUCUUCAAGGAUUUGAUUGGUAAAUGUGAUAUCCAUGAUGAACCAAUGAAUGGAGUUUGUGUCAUGAAAGUUGAAACUGAAGAAGCACAUAAUUCUGUAAGACUUGAAGAUAUUAUUGAUUCUCUUCAAGAUGAUGUCACUGAUAUUAAGAAACAGGCUGAAAUCGCUCACUUAUACAUUGCAUCUCUUGCUGAUCCCCAGGAAGCUAUUGCUUGUUUGCAGCUAAAGUUUAAUCAAGUUAAAGCUGAAUUAGCUAAAACCAAGGAAGAAUUAAUCAAAGCCCAAGAAGAGCUAAUAAAAAGAGAAAAUGAAUUGGUUCAAGAACUUGAGACGUCUAAUAAGGAUGAGGCUGGUACAUCUUUUUUAAUAAACAAUAAACCGACUUGUAAUGAAGCAGUUGAAAUGCCUAAGGACAGUGCAGCUAAAACCUAUGCACAAAGAAAAAGAUUACAUGAAAACCAACUUCAACAAGAUGAACCACCAGCAAAGAAAGGACUUAUUGGUUCAGUUAUCCCUGAAGACCAAAAGAAAAGUGAAGAAAUGCAGCAGACCAUUUCAGGAGAUGGGGAAAGUAUUAGAGUUUUACAAGAAAAUAAUGAAGAGCUGAAAACACUUUUACUUACUGUUGAGAAUGAACUUAAACAUGAAAAGGAGGAAAAAACAGAAUUAAAUAAACAGAUUGUUAGUUUGCAGCAAGAACUUCUUUUUCUGAAAAAAAAGAGUUUAACUUUGAGUACAGAAGUUCAGCAAAUUCAGUCAAAUUAUGAAAAUGCAAUUGCUGAAUUACAUAAGCAGAAAGGAAUAAAUCAAGAACAGGAGGAAAAGAUCAUGAAACUAUCAAAGGAGAUAGAAACUGCAACAAGGAGCAUCACAAACAACGUUUCACAAAUAAAAUUAAUGCAAACAAAAAUAGAUGAACUCCGUUCAUUUGAUUCCAUUUCCCAGAUCUCAAACAUAGAUUUACUCAAUCUAAGGGAUCUGUCAGAUGGCUCUCAGGAAUAUAAUUUGCCAAACACAGAGUUACACCUUUUAGAUAAUGAGUUUUUGUUAGGUAAACAGGUUAAAGAAUGUCGUGUUCAGGAACUCAGUAGGGAAAGCUCUUUCCACUCUAGUAUUGAAGCUAUUUGGGAAGAAUGUAAGGAGAUAGUGAAGGCCUCCUCCAAAAAAAGCCAUCAGAUCCAGGAACUGGAACAACAAAUUGAAAAAUUACAGGCAGAAGUAAAAGGCUAUAAGGAUGAAAACAAUGAACUUAAAAUGAAGGAGAGGAAGGAGAAGAAUCAAGGCGACCUACUAAAAGAAAGAGAAAGUCUUAUAAAGCAGCUGAAAGAAGAACUGCAAGAAAAAAGUUUUAGUCUUGAUGUUCAGGUACAGCUUGUAGUUGAAGGAAAAAGAGCACUUUCAGAACUUACACAAGAUGUUGCUUGCUAUGAAGCCAAAAUAAAAGAGCUUGAAACAAUCUUAGAGACUCAGAAAGAUGAAUGUAGGCAUUCAGCCAAGUUAGAGCAAGACAUUUUAGAAAAGGAAUCUAUCAUCUUAAAGCUAGAAAGAAAUCUAAAGGAAUUUCAAGCAAAUCUUCAAGAUUCUAUCAAAAACAUCGAAGAUUUAAGUGCCAAGGAAGUCAAGUUGAAAGAAGAAAUCACACAAUUAACAAGUAAUUUGCAAGAUAUGAAGCAUUCACUUCAAUUAAAGGAAGAAGAAAAAGAAACCAUGAGACAGGAGACAGAAAAAUUGAAAGAGGAACUCUUUGCAAGCUCUGCUCUUACCCAGAAACUCAAAGCAGCUCUUCAGAGGAAAGAAGAAGAUCAUGCUGAGCUGAAAGAGAAACUGACUGAUGCCAAAAAGCAGAUUGAGCAAGUACAGAAAGAGGUGUCUCUAAUGCGUGACGAGGAAAAAUUACUGAGGAGUAAAAUUAACGAACUGGAGAAAAAGAAAAACCAGUGUUCUCAGCAAAUAGAUCUGAAACAGCGAACCAUUCAGCAACUCCAGGAGCAGUUAAAUAAUCAGAAAGUGAAAGAAGCUCUACAACAAUAUGAGAGUGUGCGCAAAGAUCUAAAUGUUAAAGAGAAAAUGAUUGAAGACAUGAGAAUGACACUAGAAGAACAAGAACAGACUCAGGUAGAACAAGAUCAAGUGCUUGAGGCUAAAUUAAAGGAAGUUGAAUGGCUGGCCACAGAAUUGGAAAAAUGGAAAGAAAAAUGCAAAGACCUGGAAACCACAAGUAAUAAAAAGUCAAAUAAACAAUUUGAGGAUAACCCAGACAUACUUAGUAAAAAGCUCAGUAAACUUCAAGAUGAGUUACAGGAAUCUGAGAAGAAAUAUAAAGAUGAUAGAAAGAAAUGGUUAGAAGAAAAAAUGAUGCUUAUUACUCAAGCCAAAGAAGCUGAGAAUCUACGAAACAAAGACAUGAAAAAAUACGCUGAAGAUAGGGAGCGUUGUUUAAAGCAACAAAAUGAAGUGGAGAAACUGACAGAACAGCUGGCAGAGAAAAAUAGUGACCUUCAAAAGUGGAGAGAAGAACGGGAUCAACUGGUUGCAGCUUUAGAAAUACAGUUGAAAGCUCUAAUCUCCAGUAACAUACAGAAAGAUAAUGAAAUUGAACAGUUAAAAAAGAUCACAUCAGUAGUGUCUGAAAUAGAAAAACAAAGCAUAGAUAUCAAACCCAGACAUACUACCUUAGUGGAUACUGACAGAGUUGAAACUGAACCUCAGUCAACAAGUUUUGAAAUUUCCAGGAAUGCAGUAGAGGAUGGAUCUGUAGUUCUUGACUCUUGUGAAGUGUCAACAGAAAAUGAACAGAGUACUCGAUUUCCAAAACCUGAGUUAGAGAUUCAGUUUACACCUUUACAGCCAAACAAAAUGGCAGUGAAACACCCUGGUUGUACCACACCAGUGACAGUUAAGAUUUCCAAGGCCCGGAAGAGGAAGAGUAAUGAAAUGGAGGAGGACUUGGUGAAAUCUGAAAAUAAGAAGAAUUCUACACCUAGAACUAAUUCUAAGUUCCCUACUUCAGAGCAUAGAAAUUCUUCAGUCAAAAAGGAACAAAAGGUUUCCACACAUCCAUCGUCUAAGAAGACAUAUUCUUUGCGGAGUCAUGCACCUGUAAUUAGCGUAAACUUGACCACCAAGAAAAAAGAAGGCACACUGCAGAAAUUUGGAGACUUUUUGCAACAUUCUCCGACAAUUCUUCAAUCAAAAGCAAAGAAGAUAAUUGAAACAAUGAGCUCUUCAAAGCUCUCAAAUGUAGAAGCAAGUAAAGAAAAUGUGUCUCAACCAAAAAAAGCCAAACGGAAAUUGUACACAAAUGAAAUUUCAUCUCCUAUUGAUAUAUCAGGCCAAGUGAUUUUAAUGGAUCAGAAAGUGAAGGAAAGUGAUCACCAGAUUCUCAAACGACGACUUCGAACAAGAACAGCCAAAUAAAUCACUUGGAGAGUGUUUUAAUGUAAAUUUUAUAUUCAUAAUCAUUGUAACUUGCAUCUUGACUUUCUAAAAAUUGCAUAUAUUAUGAUGUGUUAAAUCUCUCUGUAUAGAGAUUUAUUUUAUAUAUAGCAUAAUUUUUAGUUCAAUAAAUAUAAUCAGUUUACCUGUGUA